GUGUUUGGCAUUGACUACGUAAAUACAUGUGCUAAUUAUAUACGGUACUACAACUGGAUAGCGCGACACCCACCCUGAUCAAGCCAGUCGAGGCCAAUGUCUACAUAUGCACCAGCCAUACCCAAUUGCAAGCCUAAACCCAUAUUUGCAAUUAAUAGUGUUGAUGUUCUUACUCAAACCCGCUGUGUGUGGCGUGCGCUGUCGACAAGCGACGACAGGUUCUACAAUCCGGAGCGGCGGAGACGAUGCGCCGCCGGUCGAGCGAGCACCGCGUCGGCGUGCGUUCUCGUGGGCAGUGGAGACAAGUCCAUUUUUUAGACUCUCGGAAGACAUUGUAGCAGGAUUUGUGGCCUCCAGUCUAUCACGGUCUCUGCUGUUGCCGCGCGCGUGCUCGUGCGCCACCUGGGCUCUGCUGGAGCCGCUGUCUAUACAGCCACAGGAGGUGCCGAGUGAACUACCGGUAUGCGAAGCGCCCAAAACAAUUCUCCUCCUUGAUCGUUGUGUCAUGUUGUGGCGACGAAACCAUGAAUGUUGCUCGAGAAGUGUCAAUAGUAAUACACCUGCACCAAGAUGGAGUCGUGGAGAGUGGUGGACGGUGGUGGACCGUGGUGGUGGACCGAUAGCGUAGGCACUGACGACCGUGCUGGUCGGCGACUGGAUCUUUGUAAUAAUUCAGGAGA